AGUUAUGACAACACAAGAUGCCAGUCAGUCUCAGGCGAACUCCUUGACUAAGAUGCAACUUGGACUUAAUGAAUCAUCUGGUCCAGAUCUUACCACACAAAAUCUCAAGCAGCCAAGCAAGCAGCACCAGUCUAAUGGCGCUUUUCUGCAAUUUGAGAUACUCCUACCUGGUCCUCCUGGUACUUUGCUGGAAAGAAAUAUCAGUUUGGCCAAUGCAACUACAGUUGAACUUUCAUGCAAAUUAGAUCCAAAUUUUCAUUUAAGAAAUCCUCAAGUGACUUGGAAAAGGGGGAAUGAAACAAUCAGCCACACCACUAAAGCUGAGAACAGCUGGAGCAUCAAAUUGGUGAUAGUGGAUAGCAGUAAGAUGGGAAGUUACAGCUGUAUUGUGAAAGGCGACGAAGAAAUCAGAGCUACGUUUUAUUUACAUGUACCGAAAAUUGAAGCAAGAGAAAAACCUAUAAUCACUUAUGAAAAAGAUACAGCUGUAAUGGUUUGUAAAAGUGACUCUACUCCCAUGACUUGGACCUGGUAUAUGAUGAGAGGAAAUAAUCCGGUUAUCAUUAAUGAAUCUUUGUGGACAGACAAGUACCUAAUUUCUAGACUGUCUGCCAAUGUAACCCGUCUGAGGAUACUCAAGCUCACCAAGGAAGAUGCUGGUGUAUAUUGGUGUGAAGCUGUUUUCCAAUUAGGGGAAAGUGAAAGGAAGAUGGAACUUAAAGUUCUGUCCAUCAUGGCACCUCUCAAACCCUUCAUAGCAAUUGUGGCUGAAGUUAUUAUUUUGGUAACUACCAUUAUCCUUUAUGAGGUGUAUUCGAAAAGGAAAGGAAAAUGUACAGGUGGAAAGGGAUGUGACCAAACUGAGAAACUUAAAUCAGGUGAAGGCAGUAGUGCUAGCCACAGAAGAAUUUAAUCCAGUUCCUGAAAAGGAGACUUAAACCAACAGAAGUGGAAAUUGUUACAAAGCUACAGAAGAUGUUUGCAGCUAUGCAUUUUAAACAUUCACUGUGUUUCUAAGUAAAGUCCUCUGCUUAUGAGAAAAAAGAUGCUGUGAAACUGCUCAUUUUUUAGAGAUGAUAAUCUGCUGUAUUGCAUUUAGACUUUUGCUGUCUGUAACGUUUGUCUUUUUACUACUAGAAGGUGUUGUGGUUAGAUUUUCUGUUAGUUUACGACUGAUCUGUUUGAUUUUAUGUCUUAAACUGGAACUAGCCUUGCAUUCACUGAAUGAAUGGUUAAUAUAAGAGUGUGUUUUAUAAAGCUGGACAUGUAAGACUAAAAACGUGUUUCCACAAGAGAAAAUGCCUUUUACUAGCUGAUGAAGCAAACGUGACACAGCCAUUUUUACCAAAGAAAAGGUGAUAGGGAAAUCUUUAUCGCGGUUGAAAUGAAACAUUAACAGUUGUAAUUUGCUCUGAACAGUAAAAUGUCUUCAUUCUUAGCCUCAUUCUGAGUGCUGCUAUACUGUACUUCAUAAUAGGCUACACACUUAAAUACUGUACAGAUCAGAUAUUUGAGUAGAUGAAAGAAGUAACGGGGUACAGUACCUUUUCAGACUAUAACUGCAAUAAUUCCUUAUGCUUGCACUGUCUGGGCCUGCAAAACCAUUUUUGUGAUUAUAAUUUAUACAGA